AUGAACAACGCCGACCUCGCUCUCAUUCGCGAACACAGCCGCCUCCCAUACCGCUGGACGUUCGAGGACCUCUUAGCGUACGCUCUUGUCCGCCGCGCGGCGGAAUUACCGGUCAUUCUUAUGCAGUCAUCGUGGCUGCUUGUCUCCAAGCCAUCCAAGCCGCGUGUAAUCAUUUCAUCCGGUCUCGUUCGUGAAGGCCAGCGCCCAGCCAAGAAGGGUCGCAUGCUCGAGAAGCUGGGCGAUAGCACUCCCACCGUUCUUGAGCUGCAACCGCGAGCGGAUCAGGCGCCUAAGAAGAUCAACACGUCUCUUUUGUCCAACGUCACGGCCGCCGUGAUCCAGCUCUCGGACAUAUUCCAGGGUGUAGUUGCGUUCCUGGAUGACUCCAUGCUCGAUCGGCGCAAUGUCCCCACCUAUUUCACGGUGAUUAACAGGCUAGACGAGCAACUGGUUUGA